UCCAAUUAUUGUUCCUUCUGCCCUUUAACGCGGGGGUCCUUCAAGAGAUUGACCCCCCCGCCAUUUCCGGCCUUCAAUUCCAUUCCCGACACCAAAAAUCUCCCCUCCCCUUUUCGCUUUUCUGAUGCAACUCACCAUGAACUGUUUCCCCUGUUUCUCUUCCCAGAAGAGCAAGAAAUCGCCGAGCAAACAGGACUUUGAAUCUGAAGACGACAAUGUGAUCGAACCCAGACCACCUGCUGGGAACAAGGUUGAGACAGAGAAGGUGGAGAAUGUAAGAACGAACGUGAAAACAUUCACGUUUCGUGAGUUAGCUACUGCCACGAAAAAUUUCCGACAAGAAUGUUUGUUGGGAGAAGGUGGGUUCGGAAGGGUUUACAAAGGCACCCUUCAAUCUUCUGGACAGGUAGUGGCAGUGAAACAGCUAGACAGGCAUGGAUUCCGUGAUGGGAACAAAGAGUUUCAAGGCGAGGUUUCAACCUUAAGCCAACUUGAUCAUCCGAAUCUUGUCAAGCUUGUAGGCUAUUGUGCUGAUGGAGACCAAAGGCUUUUGGUCUAUGAAUUCGUCUCUGGAGGUUCUCUUCAAGACCAUCUUCAUGAUCCAAAGCCAAACCAGAAGCCGAUGGAUUGGAUAACGAGGAUGAAGAUAGCCUUCGGUGCAGCACAAGGGCUGGAUUACUUGCAUGAUAAAGUGAAUCCACCUGUCGUAUACCGAGACUUGAAAGCUUCCAACAUAUUGUUGGACGAGGAGUUCACCCCCAAGCUUUGUGACCUCGGUAUCCAUAAACUAGGGCCUGGCUCCGCCGACAGAACGGAUCUUUCUUCCAGAGUAAUGGACACUUAUGGUUACUGUGCUCCUGAAUACUCUCGAGGGGGCAGUUUCUCUAUCAAAUCAGAUGUGUAUAGCUUCGGAGUUGUGCUGCUCGAGCUCAUCACUGGUAGAAAGUCCAUUGACACGACCAAACCUAACGAUGAACAGAAUCUAGUUUCUUGGGCACAACCGAAAUUUAAAGACCCGAAAAGAUACCCGGAUAUGGCGGAUCCUCUGCUCAGGAAAAACUUUUCGGAAAGAGGAUUGAACCAAGCAGUGGCAAUAGCGUCAAUGUGCCUGCAAGAAGAAGCGGGUGCACGCCCUUUGAUAAGCGAUGUCAUGGUUGCCCUUAGCUUCCUUUCGAUAUCUACAGAAGAUGGUAUUCCCACUGCGGUUCCCAUCUUGUCUUUUAGGGACAAGAGUAUGUCUCUUGCCUUGAGCCGUCAUGAUUCAUUCUCUGUAACUUCUCGUUACACUCCUGAUCCUGCAAUGGAAGACAAACGUAGUGACUCAGAUGAAGGGUCCUCUGUUCAUCACGAAUACACUCAGAGUCAGAGCGUAAGUAGGCACGGGGACGAAGAUAGCGCAACAGAUUCAGAUGAUGGGUCUGAUUCCCAUUCUGACGAUGAACAUGAAGACGAGGCACCCAAUCAUGGAAAAAGUGGGAAAUCUUACCAUUCGAGCUCAGGGGGCGAGAGAAGAUCGGGUGAUAACAAAAACGAGGCUCAGAGCUUGAGAAUCAAGUACAGUUACAGCUCGGAGGAAGAAAAUGGGAGGCUAAGCAACAAAAGCAGCCAGAAAUCGAAUGAGGAAAGCACUUCCUCACGAUAUGAUAGCGAUAGAGAUGAUUCGUUGAGGAAAGCGAGUGGCAGAACUAACAGCAGUGUUCUAAAAGACGACGAACAUUUUCAACUUGAGCACACACAGAGCUCUAAAUCUGACCACCGAAGUGUUUACUCGGAUGAUGAUGAUGAUGACGACGACGACAGUGAUGAUGAUGGUGGUGGUGGUGGUGAUGAUGACUCGGGCAAGGAAGGUGGCUCUUUGCACCGGAGCGUAUCAGAGGCAACAACAGCUUCUUCUCGUCGAGACUGAAACAACAUGAUGGAAAGCCAUAACCGAAGCUAUACACACACACACACAUGGAUGGAUAUAUACAUAUACACAGAGAGAUAUGAGAGGACUGAAGAACUUUUAAAACAUAACAUCUAGAGAGACGAUGACGCCGGUGGGCUUAUCCUGUUAUCUGAAACACAUUUCCAGAGUCAGUAACGAUUGUUUUCUGUCGUUAUGUCUGAAGCUUGUCUGAUGCAUGGGAACAAAAAAAGCUGCGCAUGUGAAAACACAGAUGAGCAUCUUGUACAAGAUAGUGAAUCUUGUUGCAGUUGAUGUAACAUAUGUAAUUUCUCCAGAUUUCUUUCAAAAAGACAAAUUCUAAAUUUGAUCAA